UGCCACUCCAGUGUGAUUCCACCCUGGUCUACAUAAAUGGAACAUCUUUGUGUCAGAAGAUGAUCCUUCUACUUUAACUGUAUUAUUGAUUGGCAAUCAGCUAGUAUGAGCCAGCCUUUUGAUAUGCAGAUGAAGUACCGGAUUUUACUAUGCCUACCGAACCUGGAGGCCUAUGCGCCAAAGCUUCUGAAGUUUGCUCUCAAUUUUUUGACGCCAAAACUUUCUGAACCUAGGCUGAUGGAUGAAAACCUUUUUCGACCGUUUCGCUACAGCUACGGGACAUGGAAGCACGGCGCUGUGGCUCUUCAUCAUGAGCUACUUGAAAUUUCUCGAAGUUGGAAAAGAUGCAUACCCCUACCCACACCAAAAGAACUAGCAGAUCUUGAGAAGGAGUACAAGCUUUUCGUGGCGGCCCAGGAUUUGAAACGCGACCUGUCUCCCUGUUCAAUGACUUGUAUGUGCAACCGAACAUGCCCUGAGGAAAUAAUGAUGCUUUCAACACAGUACAUGGAGCUCAUCCAGGAAGUCGGAGAGUUGGAAUUCACCAUAACUUAA